AUGGCUGAUCCUCUGCGGAGGACUUUACUAGCGAAACUCCGGGGGAAGAAAUCCAGGAAAGGAGCGACGGUCGGCGGUGGAUACGGCUCUUCUGCUGCUGCCGCUGCGGUGAAUGGGGGCCGAGAAGGUAAAGAAAAAGUUUUGCAAACGCAGCGAGACUCCGAUGAGGCUCGCUCCAUAGUCUUGUUCGCAGAUCUGGAUUGCAUGCCAGAGAGAAUGAGUACGUACGAGAAUUAUAUUGACGGCGCUGUGGUGCAGACAAACGGGGAUAUAGCAGUAGCGCAGAGUCGCGCAGCGCAGUUGGCCGGCUCACGUCCCCGAGAGCGAAGCCGCGGGGGCAGGGUUCGGGUUAAUGAGGAGCUCCUGGGGGUCCCACUUCAAAGAGACUUGCCGUUUGGGGGGGAUGCUUUUUGGGAGGGUGAUAGGAGAAAACCGGGGCACAGGUCCGCUGACAGAGUCACCGCGGGUGUUCCACUCCCUGAACCGCAUGUGCAGAGAAAACACUGCAUUUCGGUCGGAGAUUCAAUCGGGUUUGGGGACAGUUCAAAUCCAGUUUUAAGCAGAACGCAGGUACAGGCGCAUGUAGGGGAUGGGAGACCAUCAGAGGACCAGUUUAAAGGAGCUGAUGGUGAGGUUAGAGAGCCCAAAGACAGAGAGUGCUCCCGGCACAUGGUAGGGACUGUUUUGGCCGUGCGUGAAAGCAAUGCCAACUGGAGUUUUGACAGCAGACCGACUUUGGAGACAAACGCACGAAAUUACGCACGCGUGUGCCCAAACCGCAUGUUAAAGAACACCGAAGAAAACUCUGUAAUCAGAAAUAUUGAGAGCUACGAUCCUGACUAUGCCGGGGACGUUAAAGGUGGUCUACUGAGUCCCACUUUUUUCCCCACUGAGUUAGAAAUAUGCGACGUGAACAUGGCAUCCCUGUGCGCCACAGAGCCCUCACUCACAUACCCUUUAGACAGCGAAGAUGACGAUUACUACGAUAAUGAAAUUCUGCCCUUCUACGAAACAAUCAGACCAAUGACUGACGGUGAGAGAGCAGAGACUGUAGAGUUCACCCAGCCUGGUCAGGAUAAAGGACAGGCUGGUGAUAGUAACAGUGCCCAGGAAACAGACAGGCUUAGGAACCAGCUGAAAGAGGCUUAUUACCUUCUUAUCAAUGCUAUGAAUGAUAUCAACAUGGAUGUCCAGCAGAUCGGUGGUGUAACUGAGCAGCAGGCUACCUCAUCGUGUAGCAGCCCGUCCAGGGACAGCCUGUGCUCCAGGUUGUCUUUGAAAAACAGGGACAGUGACUCCUGGUCGUCAGGAGAGGACCAAAGCCCUCAGCAGGUGUCAGACACCGACUCACUGCUGCUUUGUCUCACUGGGAUUGUAGAGGUAGGACUUAAAGGCAGGCUGAAGAGUAAGAGCAUGGCAAACUUGUCUUUCACCAAAAAACCUACUUUGUCACGCUCUACAAGCGAUGGAGAGAUUAGGUACCAGGACGCCUUCUCAGAGAGUGUUCAGGCUUGUGGAACGCAAAGUGCUGAAAUCUGUGAUGAUCAAGAAGCUGAACCAGGUGAAGGAGGCACAGGAGCGGGUGAGCUGUCUGAAUCUCGGGUUUUCUGCAGUGCCGUCAGCAAUGAGGAGCUGCUGCAAGAUGAUGGCGUUGAAGAAGAACGGGACGGGAAGCUGAAUGAGAGCAGUGGCUCCAUCAACAGCAUCACAAGUUCCUCAGACAGCAACACCGAGACGGCAACACAUCAGGGUCACGACAACAAGCAGGAGCUGACUGAACUCCAGACACAGGUGGCCAACUCGGCCAACAAAGGUCAUGGUGUCACUGUCAACAAGAUGCAAGAGUGGAUGCACAAAGGCCGCAUGCUGUCUUCUGAAAUGAAGCAGCGCAUUGAAGGCUCAUCUUUGCCCCGCGGUGGAGGCCAGAGCCAGGACCGGUCCUGUCCUCAGGUUAACCCAGGAGGCUGUAAACCGGGGACCCAGACAUCCAGCCGAGCGGGUAAAUCUGUCAAGGCCAAGUCACAACAGCAGCAGCAGCAGCCAGCUUUCAUUGAGAAUGUCCAGACCUCCUGUGCUAAUAGCCGAGAGGCGGGCAGGUCCAACGAGAGUUCAUCAUGGAGGCCACAGCUCACCACCAUCACUGUCUCCAAGAAGCGCAACUGGUUGCAGCAGAGCUCACUUGGGAAGAAUCAGUGCACUAAGGAUGAGCUUCAGGGAAUGCUGGGAGCCGACGAGGAGGGCAGCCAGGGUUUCCAUCAGCCACUUCCUUCUCCUAGUCCCUCCCCAGACCAUCUGAGGCCCUCAAGGGGAGCACCCCCUAGGCCGGUUCGCUUGCAGCUGCCGCAGGUCAGCGUUAGUCCGGCAAAAGUGUCUCCUCACCCUCAUAGCAUGGACCCAGCUGAGGAAAACGAUGCAGAUGACGAAGGGGAAAUUUGGUACAAUCCCAUACCUGAGGAAGAUGAGCAAAACAAUUCUGAUCAACGUUCCCGAGGGCUGACCGCCCCUCCUCGAGCUGAACCCCAGAGGGGGUCCAGCAAAGGGACUGAUUUGGUUCAUGGUGGCAAGUCCCUAGAUGGAUCCGGCUGUGGUGGGCCAGAGGUCCUCGUGGAAAGCCUCGGUGGCGGUUCAGGAGAUGCAAGUCAGGGGAAUGCUGUGCAUUCCACAGAGGUACUACAUGCGCACAGGCAGAUGCUCGCGUGCAAACCUCAGGAGGAGGGGGGGCCUUCCAGCAGCAGACCCACAGAUUGUCUUGACCUGCCCAACACCGCCAGCUUUUCACCUCCCUCCAGCCCAAACCCGGCCAAGAAGAGCAGCUCAAUCAACUGGUCGUUCCCAGACAAGAUCAAGUCCCCACGUACCGUCAGGAAGAUCUCCAUGAAGAUGAAGAAACUCCCAGAGCUAAGCCGUAAGCUCAGCGUCAAGGGGACCCAAAACAACAGCAGCAGCAAUGGAAGCAGUCAGCUAGAACCGAGGGCCCAUUCUCCAAAAGCAAAUGGCAGCGGGUCAGAGGUUGUCUUGCAGACUUCAGGGCCUCCUCGGUUAGCUUCAUCUGGGGGUGGGCAGGCUAGCCGUAAUGUGAUCUCACGCUACCACCUGGAUAGCAGUGUGUCCACACAGCACAGCUUUUAUAAGAAGAAAAGCAGUGGUAGCUCAAAGUCUGCCAGUAAAGGUGGCUACCUCAGCGAUGGUGACUCGCCAGAGCUGGUGGCCAAAUCUGGCAAACAUGGGUCUGGAGAGGGGAAGGGAGGAAAAGGCAAGGAUACAGAAGGAGGAGGUGGAAACUCCAGAAUCAACGGCACAGAGCUGGACAUUGAUGCUUUCCGUCAUUACAGCUUCUCAGAGCAGCCCAAGUGCAGCCAGUACAUCUCAGGACUGAUGAGUCUGCAUUUUUAUGGAGCAGAGGACCUCAAACCCCCACGUAUUGACUCUAGAGAUGUCUACUGUGCCAUCCAGGUGGACUCGGUUAACAAAGCACGAACCGCUCUCCUCACCUGCCGAACAACCUUUUUAGAUAUGGACCACACCUUCAACAUUGAGCUGGAGAAUGCCCAACAUCUGAAGCUGGUAGUGUUCAGCUGGGAGCCCACACCCAGACGCAACCGUGUUUGCUGCCAUGGCACAGUGGUACUGCCUGCUCUCUUCAGAGUGACACGUUCCCACCAGCUGGCGGUAAAGCUGGAGCCACGUGGAGUUAUCUAUGUCAAGCUGAGUCUGAUGGAGCAGUGGCAGAACUCAUUGAACGGUGGUCCAGAUGGAGACAGGGAGCCACAGGUGUUUGGUGUGGAGGUGUGGCGAGUGGUGGAGAGGGAAAAUUCAGGACUGAUGGUACCACUUCUUAUAAGCAAAUGCAUCAAUGAAAUCGAGAAGAGAGGCUGUCAGGUGGUGGGUCUCUACCGUCUGUGUGGUUCGGCAGCAGUAAAGAAGGAGCUGCGUGAGGCGUUUGAGAGAGACAGCCACGCUGUGGAGCUGUGCGAAAACACGUAUCCAGACAUAAACGUCAUUACAGGAGUGCUGAAGGACUAUCUACGUGAGCUGCCCUACCCUCUGAUCAACAAGCAGCUUUAUGAGGCAGUGUUGGAGUCUAUGGCUGCGAGGCCUCUGCGGAUGGGAGCGUCUGGGUGUGAGAAUGACCAGGCCGACUCUGAACACACCGUCAGCCUGCUGGAAAACCUGCCAGAGGUGGAGAGGAUGAUGCUGCGGAAGCUUCUUGACCACCUGAAGCUGGUGGCAUCCUACCAAGAGAUGAAUAAGAUGACGUGCCAGAACCUAGCGGUGUGUUUCGGCCCGGUGCUGCUGAGCCAGCGUCAGGAGGCGUCCUGCCACACCAACCGAGUCUUCAUCGACUCUGAGGAGCUGGCCAGCGCGCUACACUUCAAAAAGCACAUCGAAGUACUGCACUACCUGCUCCAGCUCUGGCCAGUUGUGGACCCACAUGGCCAGUCCUCUUCUCAGCCCCCAGCACCCUCUCUGGUUCCAACUUCCUCUGACCUGCGGACAGCCCCCCCUCUGCGACGGAGAAAAGAGCGGCCUCAGGUGCUGAACCUCACUGGAGCAGAGAUGGCGGGGGUUCUGCGACCCAAACCAGGGCGUCUGGACAGCCCCAGCAACCGCUAUGCUGGUGACUGGAGUGGCUGUGGUGAGACGUACUUCCCUUCUGAAAUGUUGUUACCUUCCAGCAAAGAAGAGGCAGACUAUGACGACGUUCCCUCAGAAGACAUCGAGGCAACUGAGGAGGUCCAGGAGAAGCAAGAGGAAGCAAAAGACGGCAUACAGCUCAAGGUUGAUUGUCCUGUGUCUGAUACCGCAGAUGAAGAGCAACCUCAGAGAAGGGAGGUGGUAAAGGAGGAGGAAACACGGGAGGCGGUGGAGGAGCAGGAGAAGCUAAUAGAAAGUGACAGCUCAAACAGUGGACACCCAUUAGAGGAGGAGGAGGAAGAACACAAGGUGUGUAACCACAUCCUGCCACCUCGGCUACCUAAAGAGCACACUUACCAGGCCUACAUGAAGAUCCAGGAUAUCAGUCCUGUAUUGAGCAACAGGGUGAACCUGAGGGACCUGCAAGAGAGCAUCGACACUCUGAUAGGAAACCUGGAGAGAGAGCUCAACAAAAACAAGCUCAACGUGGGAUACUAACUCCUAGACACAGAUACGCAGACAUAUCCACCCGCACCCCCAUGAAGCUCGAUAAGGUUUGGGACAGAAUCUCUUUAUCUCUGAAGGUGCUUUGGGAUACAGCCAUGGAGGUCUUGUGACGUCACCAUGCCAGCAUGGUGCACGGUACUGCUGCUGCAAAAUCCUAGAAGAUGAGAUAAGAAAUGUAACAGGGCACUUGUGGCGUUUGUACCAUAUCCACAAACAUUCCGCAAUAUUCUCCUUUUAUUUUGUUGGCUGAUUAAACUUUAUGUUGUGUGGUUUUGUUUUAGUCCAGUUCUGUGUUCCAUGUUGUUAUUGUUGCUUCUCUUCUUAUUAGAAGAACCCAAUUACCCCUCAGGGGUUUAAAAGGUGCCUUAAUUGUGUGAAGGUGGUACGUCAAGAGGAAAGUCUACCCUGAAAUAUAACACAUCACCUCCGAGGAUCUGGGCCUGUGUAGAUAACGCUUGAGAAUGGGUUUUCAAGAGCCUUUCUUACAAAAAGAAAAAAAAAAAAGCUAUAGUGUAUUUCAAAUUCAGCAGGUACACAUCCAUUUUCUGAACUCUGGGGCUCUGUAGCAAAAUUUGGCCCAGUCUGAAUAGAGAACUUGCAAAUUUAGUCACUUUCAGACCUACUUUAAACCUUGUAUGGUGGUUAAUUUAGUAAAACGAACCAAGAUCGUUGGAGGAACGUGUACACUUUGUCUUAGGGUGGAUUUCCUUUUUAAGGCAGUAAAGAGCUUUUUCUAUUGAGGUAUAAAACACUAAAUGUUAUACAACAACAAUGCACUAAAUAGGCAGGCAGUAGUGUAGAUUAUCAUCAUGCAGUAAAAAGUCUGUUCUGAACUAAGGGGAGAAACUGCUGCCACUUAAACCUCUUCUAUGUUCAAAGUCACACCUAUGCUUACGGCUAAACAUACAUUUUGAACAGAU